AUGAAAUCAUUCUGCUCCUGUCCCACACUCGCCCGCGCCUCUGGCGAGCUACAGGCUCCCACUCUGAUGCCUAUGAAAUCAUUCUGCUUCUUUCCCACCCUCGCCCGCGCCUCUGGCGAGCUACAGUCUCCCACACUGAGUCACCCUAUUUUCCUCUUUCCUCCCAACCACACUCCCUCCCCUCUUUCUCCCAAUCACAGUGCCUAUGAAAUCAUUCUGCUCCUGUCCCACCCUCGCCCGCGCCUCUGGCGAGCUACAGUCUCCCUCCCACUGCCUCCCUCUGGCGAGCUCGGGGCGAGUUCAGGAGUUUCAGGUGUUUCUUCAGGUGCUGCGUCAGGAGCCUGGGGUGCGCGAUCAAUGAGGGUGAAGGCGAGGGGGAGGGCGUAUCUGCUGGAGGGCAGGCAUCAGGGGAGCGUGGUUCGCUCGGACUUUCAUCCAGUGCUGAGCCUGCUUGCAGUGGCCGGCAUAUGCCCCUCUGUUGGCAAACCAUCCUCCACGCGGCCCCCCACGUCCCUCCUCCUGUCCAUAUGGCACAUCCCGGACCCGCACCACCCCCUCCUCCCGCCCUCCUUCCUCUGCCUCCUCCGCUUCGCCCCUCCUCCCCUCCACCCUCCCCAAUCCAAACCCUCUCGCUCCAGAACCCCAGGCUCGGGCUCCUCUCUAGGGUUUUGGGACGAGGGUUUAGAGGGGGAUGAGGAGGAGGAAGAGGAGGAAGGGGAGGAGGCGGUAGCAGAGGUGAGAUUCUCCCCUGAUGGGGGGUCACUAGCGGUGGUACACCACCGGGGGGUUUUGUCUCUUAUGCGGAUGUCGGCUAAGGAUUCUGAGCUCAUGCUGCUGCCUAGGAGUGUGGGGAGAACUGUGGGUGUUCCCUCUGGGGCUGCGGUGGAGGAGGAAGGGAGUGUGGUGGAGAGGGGUGUGGAGGAGUGGGGUGUGAUGAAGGACGGGACGGAAGAAAAGGACGGAGAGGAGGGGGUGAAGGAGAAGGGAGAGGAAGGGACACAGCAGAGGAAAGCAGUGCGGUUCCGAAUGGUGCAAGGCGGUGUGGUGGAUUGCGUCACCAGUGUGACUUGGCUCAGCACAGAUACAAUAGCAGUAUCCCAUCGCUCAGGGAGAGUAGCCAUAGCUACCGUGCACGAUUUAUCCAAUCUCACCGGCCCGUUCCCUCUAGUCUUCGGCCCCCGGGCGGUCCUCUGCUCGUCCAAUCUCCUCAUGCCACGUGGCAGCAGCAGGUCUGGAGUGUACCCGCGAGGGGUGAUUGUUCUAGAGCCGGUCGCGAGACAGGUGUCGGUUCCUGAUUGGGCGAGAGGGACUUUUGGAAAUGUGACUGAUUCUCGUGGGGAGGGAGCGCUGGAGAACGGAUGGCGGGUUUUGUCUCUUGUGGAGCAGCCGGCGGCGGUUAUGGUGCGGGUGUUAACUGAGGAAGGUAGACUAGGGGAUGCGCUGGGGAUGGCCCGGGCGGCAGGGUUGCAUUCAGAUGUGGUGUUUAAGGCUGCUUGGACGAGCAUGGGUGUGGGAAUUUCCGCAGGAGAAGCAGCAGGCGGAGAAAGAGGAGGAAGAGGAGGAGGAGGAGGAGGAGCAGGAGUAAAAACCCUCCCUCCUCACUCCUAUAGAGCAAUUCUCCCUGGUGCCUCCCCCUCUCCUGUUUCCCGGACCAGAGGGGCCGAUUGGGUGGAAGGGCGAGGGGUGCUGCAGAUGAUUGGAGCAGGGUCGGCUGUAGCAGCUGCAGAUUCAGCUGCUGCUGUAGCUGUUGCUGCUGGUAGUGGCGGCGGUGGUGGUGCUGCCAUUGUGGCAUUUGCUACAGAACAGGUGGUGUUUCUGUCUCAGGGAUUUAAGUUCCCGUCCAAGCCUGCCGUUGAGGCUUGGUACCUUUCCCGAGCCAGGGAGAUUGAGGAACGGACGGGCCUGCUGCAACACUCGCUCGCGCUGCUGGAUCUAGGUUUGGCAGCAGGCUUGGCAGAGGUUCGGAAUGCUAUGGAGGACUAUGCCGAGCUGAACAGAGUGGUGUAUGGGGCAUGCGGGGCUGAUAAUAAAGAGUAUGAGGAAGGGAACGAGGAAGACAGAGAGGAGGGGGGUGACGAGGCAGGGGAAGGACGGGAUGACAGGAAAGAGCAGGAGGAGGAGCAGGAGGAACAGGGAGAGGGGCAACAUCAUCAUCAGCAGCAGCAGCAGCAACAGUCUGCUCAAUCUGCUUCUGUCUUCUCUGCUGUCACCCCAAUUGCCCUAAAACGCGCCGAACUCACUCUUUCCAUCUGGUUACAGCUCCCCAUAAUCCAACGGUUCAGAUUCGUUCUCGGGCGGCCCCGCCCCGCAUCCAUCAUCUCACGCCUGCACGAGCGCGCUCUGCCAAUCCUCUCUAUGGCUUUUCUUCUCCGAGCCAUUCUAGACUCUCACAAAACUGCUGCUCUAGCAGAACAACACAGGGUUAAGUCUCCUGCUUCUGCUGCUGCUUCUGCCGCUGCUGCUGCUGCUGCUGGGGGGAGGGGUAGGCGUGGUGGAGCUUCGGCCCGAGCCUCCGGCGCAGGCUUGGAGCCGCUAGGUUCGGAGCAGCAGGAGGCAGUGGCGAGCGCGCUGCUAUUGGUGGAAGCUGGGGCUGUCCUUGCCACGUAUGAGCUCCCCACACCCUACACCGCCCUCGUCCAAUCACACAGCGACACGUCAGCAGCCCUCCAGCUCCUCCGCAGCCUCCUCUCCGCCUUCGCCCGCCUCCAGCCGCCCCCGGAGGAUCCCGAUUGGCUGGAUCUCUUCCGCCACGUCAGCACGCUCAAACACUCCGCGUUCCUCCCCCUUUCCCCAGACUCCCUCCCUUCGGAAAUGGCCAGAGUGCUGCUAAGGGAAGGGCGAUUCGUGCUAGCCAGGCAGUUUCUGAGAAGCGGGGGAAGCGGGGGGACUGGGGGGAGUGGGAGAGGAAGAGGGGGAGGGGAGGACGUGUGGUUGGAGGAAGAUGCGGUGUUGAGUGAGGAUCGGGUUGAAGCGCUGGUGAUUGGUGCUGCCAGGAACUUCUUCUACUCCUCCCCGACACUCGACUCCCCAGAUAUCCACAGCGCAUUCGCCUGUCUGGACAUACUCCCGCGCAACCCAGCAGCAGCAGCGGAGAGGCAGCUCUUCUCAGCUCUAGUCAUCGACCUCCCAGCCUGUGGCCUCCACCUCCUCCCCCUCCACCUGCGCCAAACCCGCGACCGACUCGAUAUUAUACACCAAGUCCUCAACCUCUGCCCGUUGGGGAGGCAGGGAGGGAGGCUAGGGAGUGGGAUGCAGGGGCAGCUGCAAAAGGGGAAGCUGUCGCGAUCGGCUGUGGAGCUGGGUGCGGGUGAGGGGAGAAGGGGUGGUGUGAGUGGGAGAGGGAGAGGCGGAGCGGGAUUUGAGAGGGUGGAUGGGAGUGAGGAUGGGGCGAUGGGUAGUGAUGGUGGGAGUGUGAGCGAUAGCAGCAGCAGCAGCACGAGCCUGAGCACUAUGAUUGGACGAACAGUUGCUUCUGCAGCUGAUCUGUCUGCUGAUGUUAGCGUAGAUGAAUCCGCCAGCAGUGCAGCAAGCACCGCUGCUGACGUGGACGCUGACGUGGAUGCUGACGUGGACGACGGAUCCGAUGACAUCAGCAUGCCGAUCCGGAGGGAGUUCCUAGGGUUUGCUCUGGCUCAUUGCGACGAAGCUUCCCUCCCGGACCUGCUAGCCUCGUGGCAAGGCUUGGAUGCCACGGAACUGUGCGUGGCGCUAGGUGCGGCGACAGGCUUGGUGGUCCCAGGCCUGCGAGAGCAGGAGGCGCUGCUCCCGGACCUAGCUGCCGGCCGAGCCUCGGGCAAGUGGGAAGGCACGGAAGUGCUGGUGGUUCCCGAAGCUGCCACUGCCCCUGCUACAGCCGGUGCUACAGCCGGCAGAAGCAGCAGCAGUAGCAAAAUCCGGGGGAAGGGAGGGAGCUCAGCUGUUACUACCACCAGCACUGGAAGAAAACUGGCUAGUCUGGGUGGGGGACGGGGGGCGAUCGGGAGGGACGUGGGGAGGAGGGCGCUGGCGCUGGUAUCGAGUGACGGGGAGGCGUGGGGGGAUAAGCAGUGGGAGGAGGUGCCACGACUGCUGCUGCCGUUUGCCUGCCUGCACUUGCCCUGGAUGCUCCAGGUGAAAACCCGCCGUGCUGCUGCUGCUGCCGCUGCUGCUGCCGCCGCUGCUGCUGGGGCUGCUGCAAAAACUGGAGGGACAGCAUCAGCAUCAGCAGCAGCAGCAGCAGCAGGCGGAGGGGGAGUGGCAGAAGCAGCAGCAGCAGCGGAUCCUAUAGUGGAGCAGAUAGUGGUGCUGAUUCUCCACGUGCUCGCGUCCUGCCAGGUGUCGCCCUCUGAUAAGCUCCUGACCGAAGCUGCCCGGAGCGCCCUAACUGCUGGGGACAUAGUCUCUGCUGCGGCAGCUGCGGCCGGUCUGUGGGGGGUACCUGGAGCAGGAGUAAGGGGAGUGGGUGGCUUGUCAGGUGCUGCGUCAGGUGCUGCGUCAGGUGGUGGAUCAGGUGGUAGAUCAGGUGCUGCCGAGUCAGGUGCCGGGCCAGGUGGAGGGGUAAGUGCUGAUGGUUCUGGAGCAGCGGAAGGGAAAGAAGUUAGCCCUACAGCCGCUGUUGCAUCUGCUGAGGUGGCAGCGUGUGAUUCGCUGGCGAUGGCGUUUCUGCUGCAGGCUGGGGAUUCAGUGCGGGCGGCAGGGGUGAUCGAUGCUGAGAUGGCGAAGCGGGAUGGGGCGGAUGCAAAGAGGCGGUUCGUGCUGCUGCUGCUGCAGUUCUCGUCGCUCCAUGCAACUCUCUUCCUGCUAGCUGCUCAGGUGAGUGCGCAAAGAGCAUCCCAGGGGUGGGUGGGGGUGAUUGAUGCUGAGAUGGCGAGGCGGGACGGGGCGGAUGCGAAGCGGCGGUUCGUGUUGCUGCUGCUGCAAUUCUCGUCUCUUCACGCCACGCCCUUCCUGCUAGCUGCUCAGACCAAUGAAGCAGCCUUUGUGGGGUCGCUGCUGCUGCUGUCUGUUGAGGCACCUUGGGCCAAUGAAGCAGCGUUUGUGGGGUCGCUGCUGCUGUUGCCGCCAGUGCUGCUCGCGCGCGUGGCAGGGGAAGCUUCCAGGAAGGAGGAGCAGCUGGGGGAGACCGGAGCCCUGGGGUCCAGGCCGGCAGUCAAGAGUUCAGCCCGCGCGCGCCAGCUGUGCAAGCGGUGGUGUGAGGUGGCGCUGACGAUGCAGGGGCGGCUGCGAGUGGUGGAGGACACACGGGCGCUGCGCGCGCUGCUGCCCCGCGCUGAUGUGGCGCGCUUCGUGGCGCGUGAUGUGGCAUACAUGGAGGCUGCUAUCGCCUCAUUGGUCGACGAGACCGAUUCUGCUGCUGCCACUGCUGCUACUGGAGGGGCCUUGGCAGAGGCAGUGGGACCGAUGCCUCACGCCCUCGCCUCUGCCCUCUCACUCACUCAGCUCUACCACGUGGACUCCUGGCAGGUCCAUUUGACGUACGUCCGCUCUGUGCUGCUCUCUGAUUGGCCGGAGCAAGAUAUUGUCACUGAGGUGGAGGCACACAAAGCCGCCAUCUGUACCCGUCCCACGUCAGCCUUCUCCUUCCUCUGGACCUCCGUGCUCCCCCGCUUUCUCACUCAAAUACAGACAAAAACCCACACUGACACAGGGUUAUACGCUCAGAAACACCCCCCCACACUCCCCACCCUCGCACCCUACCUCCUCCGCCUCCUCUCCCACUGCCUCCUCUCCUCGCUCUCCCCUCCCCCUCCUCCCUCCUCCCCUCUCACCCCCUCCCCUCCUCUCUCCCGCCCGCUCUCGCUCCCGCUCCCACCAACCCCUCUCACCGCACUCAACUCCUUUGUAUCGUCAGCGCAGAGCGCAGCAUCCCUUGCUCCCAGGCUCUCUCUUUUAGCAGAGCAGAUUGAGAAGGCAGGGGGCCUUCAGCCUUCACUGGAUGGGUGGGUGCUUCUGGGGGCGGCUGUUGCUGGUGCAGGCACAGCAGGAGCAGUUGGAGCAGCAGAAAAUAAGGACAGUGCUGGUGUUAUGGAGGUGGAGAGAGCGGUUGAGAGGGAGAUAGAGCGGUGCUUCGACGGAUCCUCUGUGCUGACUGCUGCUGAGAUCAUCUUGUCUCUUUCUGCCGCUGCUACUGCCACUGCUGCAACAGCAACUGUGCCACAUGCUGCAGGAGAAGCAGCUGCUGGGUUGCCUGCUUCAGCAGGAUUUCCCACAGAUCCAGCCUUCCAGGACCGCUUUAAUCAGAGCCACUUGCUCUGGCUCUUUGCUAAGUGCCAGUUGAGACAGGCUGGCGUGCUUGCCGACUCAUAUUCCCCAAAGGUUUAUAUGGAAGAGAGGAGGAGUGACGGGGUGGCAAUUGGUGACAAUAAAGGCAGCAAGGAAGACGAGAAGGAAACCGGGAAGGGAAAGAGGUUGAGUCUGGAGGGGUUGCAGUCAGCCCGUGUAGCCAUGGCUGGAUCUCUCUCCCUGCUCUCAGAGGAAAAUCGGCGGGAAUUUACGCUCCUGCUGCUGCAGGGAUGUGAGCGGUGGGUUCUAGAAGCGUGCUCUGCAGGGGAAGGCAGUGGAGCGAAGAGAAGCGGGGUGAGAGGAGGUGGUCGUGGGAAGAAUGGGAGGGAGCGGAGGGGUGGGAGAGGGAGGGAGGGAGGAGAGGUGCGGAGGGGUGUGGAGCUUUGGCUAGAUGUUGUGGGGGAUUGGAUGGGGUGUCGCGGUGGGAGGUUGGACGGGGGAGAAGGGAAGGAGGAUAGGGAGGAGAGGGAGGAGAAAGAAGAGUCUGUGGUGGAGUGCGGGAGAUGCAUUCAGAAGCUGCUGACCAAUGGGGUCGUGACACGUCAGCAAGGUGUGCUACUCCUCCGGUUCCUCUCGGACUCGUUGCUGAAGACCCAAUUGUCCUCGGAUGAGAACAAGUCAGCUGCCACGUCAGCUGCCAGCUGGCAGCUGCCUAUUGGUGCAAACCAGCGGCGGCGUGUGCUGACGUCAGCAAGGUCAGCAGGAGCCAAUCAGGGAGCGGGACGAGCAGGCGGGAAGAUCGGGAGAGGAAGGGAGGUAGGAGUAACGGCAAGUGCUGCUUCCAGGAAGCUUCCUGGUGAUGCGGGCAGCGAGACGGGGAGCACGGGCGGCGAACAGGAGGAGUUCGCAGUGAGUGACGUCAGCAGGGUGGCUGGUGACGCCAGCAGGGGAGGCAGGGGGACAGGGAGAGGAGUGCGCGGGCGGGGAGGGAGGGCUGGUAGGACUAGUAGGGGAGGAGGGGGGCGAAGGGGAGAGGAAGAGGAGGAGGGAGAAGGAAAGAGUGAGAAAGAGAAGGAGGAAGACCCUAUGGACCUAUUUGCUUCUAUGGGCUUAGUUUCAUCUGCUCCCCGUGCCGCUGCUGCUGGUGCUAGCAGCUUUGGCAAGCCUGAAGCUUCCAAGAAGAAGCCUCUGGUAGUCUCCAAGGCUGGUGUUUCACCCGGGGAGGGCGGGCAUAUGACAAUGGACUUUGCAGCAGGGGCUGCUGGAGAGGAAAUAUCCGCGAUUAUGAGAGUGAUUCUUUCACUGGUGGAGGCGAGGGAAGGGGAGGUACAGCAGGUACUGAGUGUGAGAGAUGGGGGAAGUGAGAGAGAAGAGGAGGAGGAGGAGAGUGGGUGGGGGCUUGAUUUAUCAGGGAAUGUGGAGGAAGAGGAUGGGGGGGAGGAUGAGGAGAGCGGGUGGGGGCAUUUUGAGGUUCUUGUUUCAUCUGUGCGCUCUGCUGUGUGGAGGCUGCUGGUGCGCGUGGGAACGCAGGAGGGGGAAUCAGCACUGACGCUAAGUGCCACACUUAGCAGCGACACUGCUGCACACUCCCCUGUGGUGCAAAGUGCCACACUUAGAGCGGCUGUUUUGGAUGCUGUGAAGGCUGUAGCUCCAGCCUCGUCUGACCUAUCAGCACCUGCCACGUGGCUCUCUGGGAGAGGGUUCUUUGUGGAUGCUGUAGGGCUCGGGGUGAUGAGCGGUGUAGAGGGGUGCUGGGGGGUGUGGGAUCUGGAAGAGGUGGGAGAGGAGGAGGAAAGAUGGGUGGGAGGGGAUCAGAAGGAUGACGUGGCACUGGACAGGUGGCGCUGGGCGGCGCUGCGUUCCCGCGCGAUCGUGCAGUCUGACUGGCCGGGAGAGCUCGCUGACGUGGCGCCGCUGCUGGAUGACGUGGCAGCAGACGGCAGCUUCGGAAGCAUAGGCAAGAGGGCAGCAGGGCGAAUGCUGCUCUCCCGAGACGAGGCAGAGCAACUUCUGGCUGAUACUGCUGCUGCUGGGAACAGUAACAGUGGCGGGUGGGGCGAUGGGUGGGGGGGAGAGGAGGAGGAGGAGGAAGAGGAGGAAGAGUAUGAGGAAGAGGAGGAGGACGAGGAUUCGUUUUAUGAUGAGGAAUAUAGUGAUGAUGAUGACGUCUUGCUACUCGCUCUGCAAAUGCUACAGAUUGAUGCCUAA